AUGGUGGCCGUCAUGGAUCUCUUCUGGCCCAAUAUCGGCUUUGGCUGGUCUACCAGCGCCUGGAUGUACCUCUUCAUCGCUCUUUGGCUUCAUCGAUACACGCGCCUUUUCGUUCACUGUGUCAGCCACUGGGCUUACAAGUCCAAGCCCAUCCCCGCUAAGCCGACCUUCACUUCCGAUGACGUGACUGUCAUCAUUCCCACCAUCCACAAUGUCUUCGAGGAGCUUCGUCCUUCUCUGCUCAGCAUCAUCACCUGCAAACCCCGCGUCUUGAUGCUCGUCACCACCACUGAGAAGCAUGCCGCCCUGGAGAAGCUUGCUAGAAGCCUCCCCCAUCCCAAUGUCCAGGUCUACUCCACCCCGAUCGCCAACAAACGUCUUCAGGUCUGCGAGGCCUUGCCCAAGGUUACCACCAAGAUCACCAUCAUGGCUGACGAUGAUGUCACUUGGCCGUCGACUCUGAUGCCCUGGAUUCUCGCUCCCUUUGAGGACCCCAAGAUUGGCGGCGUCGGCACUUGCCAGAGAGUCAAGCGCGUCUGGGAGGGCCCGAUGUCCACCCGAAUCUUCAACUGGCUGGGUGCCGCUUACAUCGAGAGACGCAACUUUGAGAUCUCUGCCACUCACAACAUCGAUGGCGGCACUUCUUGCAUGUCGGGUAGAACCGGCGCCUACCGAUCUGAGAUUCUCUCCAGCCACGACUUCCUCGAGGGUUUCAAGACCGAGAAGUGGGGCAAGUACAUCCUCAACGCCGACGACGACAACUUCGUCACCCGCUGGCUUGUCAGCCAUCAGUGGAAAACUUGGAUCCAGUAUGAGAAGGAAUGUGAGCUAGAGACCACCCUGGAGAACAGCACCAAGUUCCUCUACCAAUGCUCUCGAUGGGCUCGUAGCAACUGGCGCAGCAACUGGACCAGCCUUGUCCGAGAGCGAUACGUUCUCACUCAACAGCCCUGGUGCACUUACGCUCUCCACAUUGCGACCUUCACCUCCUUGGCUUUUCUUUUCGACCCCCUCAUCAUCCUCGCACUGUGGAAGGGCACUGCUGAGUGGGACGCGGAGAGCCGCAGGCAGGCGCUUUGGGCUCAGAUCAUCUUUGUCUUCGGCUUCACCAAGGUCGUCAAGCUCAUGGGUCUGUUCCGCCGCAACCCAAGCGACCUUGUCUUCCUGCCUGUGUCCAUCCUUUUCGGCUAUGCUCACGGCAUCAUCAAGCUCUACGCCUUGUCGACUCUGAAGAUGACGUCCUGGGGCAGCAGAGCCGACGGUGACACCAACGACGACAUCCGUCUGACCCCUCGCCCCAAGCGAGCCAUGAGCCUGACUACCCCUCCUGGUGGCCAGGACCUCGUUCGCUACCGCCACGAGCGUCAGAUGACCGAGAAGGUCUCUGACUGGCACCGCCCCGCUACCGAGCCGCGAAGGCCUCAGACUGUGCGGAUGAACACAUUCCCUGCCAAGGACAUUAAGGCUCCGCACGUCACCUUCUCGCUCUUGGAGCAUCCUUCAGAUUAG